AUGUUUAACAAAAAACACAAGAAAAGCAAAGUAAAAAUAGAAGAUUUUACAGAAGAAAACAGCCAAGUAAUUAUUAAGCACCAAGCAACCAAACGAAAACAAAACCGAUGAAUUCCUCAGCCAAUCCAAUCUGCUGCUUAUGAUUUUGAUGAAAUGAAAAAAUCAGAAGAGGAGCAAGCUAAGUCUAAUAAAGAAGCGAUGGAAAUCAUUGAAAGCGAAAUUGCAGUCCCGCCUGAAAAAAAAUAUUAUGCGUUGGCAUAAUUUUGGGAGGAUUCCACAUGUUGGGGACAUUUUCUCAAUUGGAACCAAAAUCCCACAUGUGGAGUUUCCAUCCACCACAUAUGGGAUUUUGGUUCCUCACGUGGGAAAAUGCCCUAACAUGUGGAAAACUCCCAAAAUUAUGCCAACGCAUAAUAGAAGAAUUUGCAAGAAAUCUCAAAAGCUCUGGCUAUGAAAAUGAGCUGAGAUCAGAUAUUACAAAAUUAACUGAAAGUAUCAGAGAAUGCGAAAGAGAUGAAUAUGAAGAUUUAGGGAGAAUUGGCAAUUUUAGCGAUGAAGACGACCCCGAAGUCCAAGAGUGGACUAGAGAAAGAAUGAAUCGAGGUAAAGUUUUACCCAGGGCCAAGCUUCCUUUUAUACCAGAAGAAAGCAGAAUCAGCAAAAGAGUUGAUGAUAUUGAUAUUAAUGAAAUGCUGCUCGAAAUUACUGAUUCGCCCCUCACUGAGCGAGUAAAAAUAAUUUGUUAAUUUUGUUAUAUAUAAAUUUUAUAGUAAUUUUUUUUUCGGAUUUAAAAAAAUCCCAUUCGCAAAAUUUGGAAGGCAAAUAUUAAUUUAAUUUGUAAAAUUUAAGUUUUAAAAUGCAAUUUGUUUAAAAUUAAGCAGAAUUCAUUAUUAUAAUAAUCAUUUAUAUCUCAAAAUUUUUUUCAUAAAAAAAUUUUGUUUGUACGCGGAGGGCAAAAAAAUAGGGAUUUUUCCAAUGAUUUUGUUCGCUUACGGAGGGAAGGGGAGUGAGAAGAGAAAGCACGCAGAAGCAGCAAUAAGAAUGCAGAAUGAGAGGCUAAAUUCAAUUCAAAACUUAAAAAAAGAAGCAAAUGAAAAAUUAAAAAAGCUAGAAUAUGAAAGCUUUGGACAGGUGGAAAAGCUAGUUCUUUUGGAAGAGAUCAAAGAGUUUUGGCUCGAACAUUUUGAUGAAGAUUUUGAAAGAAUAGAGAAGUUUAAAAAAGAAUUAGAAGAUAUUGGCUUGGAUAAUGUUGUACUUAUAAGGGAAAUUAUUCAGAAAUAUAAUCAAAGUGAAGAGUAA